AUGGCGAGCAGCGUGGUGAGCGCGCUGUUCGGGUCGUACGACCUGCGCAACGCCAAGCAGUGGCGCGACGAGGACAUGGCGUUCCGCGAGCAGGAGGUCCAGUGGCUGAACGACGACAUCGUGCGCGCGCACCAGUGGCGCGUGGCCGACAUGGAGCGCUCCCUGCGGCGCGAGAAGCUGCAGAGCGAGCACGUGGUGUGCGAGGCGCGCGCCGAGCAGCUCUCGACCGUCUCGGAGCAGUGCACGCUGCUGUGCGGCUUCGUCGUGAGCGCCAUGUGCAACGUGGGCGUCCCCGAGGACGUGCACAGCUACGCGCUGUUCCUGUACACGGUGCCGGGCACGGCCGUGUGCGUGGCCAUGCUCAUCUGCGCCGUCAUGUGCACCAACCUGCAGCUGGCGGUCACGCGCUACGCGGCGCACUCGCUGGAGGACAGCGUGCGGCUGCUGGACGUGGGGCAGCUCGAGUGGGAGUCGCCCUUCAGCGCGUGGUGGCUGCGGCGCUGCGAGAGGGAGCAGAUGGCGGCCUACAAGUUCCUGCUCAUCGGCGUCGCGCUCUUCUUCUUGUACCUGGGGGCCGUCUCCUGGAUCCAGUUCUACAUGUCCACGGGCACGUCGCUCAGCAUCUCGACGCUGUCGCUCGUCGGCUUCUUGGUCUGGCAGCUGCGCAUCGCCAGCAAGUGGCGCUAUCUGCUCACGCCGCCGUCGUCGUCCUCGGGGAGUGUCGCUGCCAGCACGUCGUCGGCGUCUGUUAGCGGCAGCGGGCGGGCCUCCAUGUUGUCGCAGUCGUAUUUAUCCAUGCCCCGGUCGCCGGCGUCGUUGACGUUGAGGAAGUCAAUGGUGGAACCCAAUGCCGCCGCCUCCAUUCCUGCGUCAGCGUCGAGCUUUACCAAGUCAAUCACACCAAGUGAGAGUUUGAACAUGCAAAUGUAA